AGAAAAGGCAAAAAAAAAAAAAAAAAAAACGAACCAGCACACACUUCUUCCUCUUCGUCUCUCAGCAACACAGUCCCAAACCCAAUCGAUGCUAGCACCAUCUCUUCACUCGAACCUCAACCUCAGUUUCAUCUCUCUCUCUCUCUCUCUCUCUCACAUUUCGAAGUCUCAGCAUCUGCUUGAUAGGUUAUCGUACUAUCUUUACUCUUUCUCUGAGACAUGAAUUUGAGGCACUUAGUUUCUAGGCAAGCAGUAACCAAUGCGUCAAAAAUCAGUGCAAGGUUGCGAUAUGCCUACGGUUUCACAACCAUGGCAGCAGACCCGGUACCUCUUUCAUUUCAUUCCCCAAGUCAGGAUGGCUCUAAACCUCUGAAAAACCCUAAAUGCCCCAAACCCAUUUCUUCAUUUAAUAGAUAUAUUCACUCUGCUCAAGCUCAAGCGGGUGACCCUAAACUUGAUUCUGAGGUUUCAGAUGAGGAGGAAGAUGGAGUCAUUAACGAGUUCUUGUCCCGAUUUGUAUGGAUCAUACGCCAGAAGCUCAAUGAAGCUUACCCAGAUUGCGAUAAAGAAACCAUUGAUGGAAUGCUCAUGAUUAUUGUCCAGAAAGUUGUUUCAGAGAUGGAAAAGGGCGGGAUUGAGCAGGUACUUAGUGAAUCGCAGUCCACUCCAUUGCAGGAUUUUAGUGAGGAUUUGUGGAAGACAGUGUGGGAGGUGAGCAGUAUGGUUUUGGAGGACAUGAAGAAGGAAGUCAAGAAGGAAAAAAUGAAGGGGUUUCUGCAAGAAGAAGAAGUUAAGGAGAUGUGUAGAUUUGCUGGUGAAGUUGGUAUUCGAGGGGAUAUGCUUAGAGAGCUCAGGUUCAAGUGGGCUCGCGAGAAGAUGGAGGAAACUGAGUUUUAUCAGAGCUUGGAGCGUCUUAGAGAAGAGGACAGAAAAUCCCAAGAAGAAGGGGAGGCAGCAGAGGGAAUGCAAGCUGAAACCACAGUGGAAGAGGAGAAAUCUAAGGUUGUUUCUCUCCCCAAGAGGCGAGGGAAGAUAAGAUAUAACAUUUAUGGUCUUGAUCUAUCUGACUCCAAGUGGGUAGAUGUGGCUGAUAAAAUUCAUGAGGCAGAGGAAAUUAUUUGGCCCCAGGAACCAAAACCCAUAACUGGGAAAUGCAAAUUGGUUACGGAGAGAAUUAUUCAAUCAAAUGUGGCAGAUGACCUGUCUCCACUUUUGGCUGAAUGGGUAGAACUGCUUCAACCUAGUAAGAUUGAUUGGCUCAAUUUUCUUGAUAGAUUGAGAAAGCAGAACACUGGCUUAUACUUUAAGGUGGCAGAACUUGUAUUGAAUGAGAAAUCCUUCCAGGCGAACAUCCGUGACUACUCUAUGCUUUUUGAUGCCCAUGCCAAACAGAACCACCUAGAAGAUGCUGAGAGAAUUUUGAAGAAGAUGAAUGAAAAUGGUAUCCAACCUGAUAUCUUAACGGCUACUAGUUUGGUUCACAUGUACAGCAAGGUAGGCAAUCUUGACGGUGCCAAAAAAGCAUUUGAAAGUUUGAGGGGCCAGGGCUUCAAACCAGACAUUAAGGUGUACAAUUCGAUGAUCAUGGCAUAUGUAAAUGCUGGCGAACCCAAAUUGGCUGAGUCGUUGAUGAGAGAGAUGGAAGCAAGAGACAUCAAACCCACAAAAGAAAUUUUCAUGGCAUUACUUCAUUCCUUUUCACAAAGUGGUGAUAUUGGCGGAGCUGGAAGAAUUGCCAACAUUAUGCAGUUUGCAGGGUUCCAGCCAACAUUGGAGUCUUGUACAUUGCUUGUUGAGGCAUACGGGAAGGCUGGUGACCCUGAUCAUGCAAGGAGCAACUUUGAUUACAUGAUGAAAGUUGGGCACAGACCUGAUGACAGGUGCACUGCAAGCAUGCUUGCAGCUUAUGAAAAAAAAAAUUUACUUGAUAAGGCGUUGAAUCUGUUGAUGCAGCUUGAAAAGGAUGGAUUUGAGCCUGGAGUUGCCACUUACUCUGUUCUUAUAGAUUGGCUGGGUAAAUUGCAGCUAGUUGAUGAGGCUGAGCAACUAUUGGGAAAAAUUGCCGAGCAGGGUGAGACUCCUCCACUUAAAGUUCAUGUAAGCCUUUUUGAAAUGUAUGCUAAGGCUGGAGUUGAGAAAAAGGCCCUACAAGCUCUGGGAGUAUUGGAAGCUAAGAAGGAGCAAUUGGGUUCAGGUGAGUUUGAGAGGAUUAUAAAUGGGCUUAUAAAUGGCGGGUUUAAGCAGGAUGCUCAUAGGUUUCAUGGGCUGAUGGAGGCCCGUGGUUUUGUUGCGUCCUAUUCUCUUAAUUUGGCCCUAGCAGCAUCUCGAUUGAAGCAUUCGGGCACAAGAGGCCCUUAAUGAGAUAGUUUGAUGGCCAUCUACAGAUGCUUCACAAUCUAUUGGCUGCAAGACCACUGCCAAGAUGUUUUGUAGCUUUAGGAAUUCAUAGCUGUUUGGCCACAUGUAGUCAGAUACGUGGAUUUUUUUUUUUUGGGGUCAAAGUCAGAUAGGAGGAGUUAAUGUAGUCUGUUUUCACAUUAUCAUCUCAAGUUUAUCGAUUUUGUGAUAUUUACCUUGUUUCCAAUGCCCGUAUGGACAGAAUGCAAGUUUAAUUUUGAUCCAGAAUUGAUAAUAAAUUGUUUGAAU